ACACCCAAGCUUCCGGGGACUCAGCGGGCUGACUUUCUCCCAGGAUUUCCGCUGGCCCCAGGUCCCGGUUUGGCGUCGGAACAGAGCCUGAUCUAGGCUUCGGCGGCCGCUGGCAGCUCUCGAUCAGCUCUCUCAGUCGGAGACGCGGCUAAGAAAGGUGCCACAGCGGAGACGCGCAGGAGCGGCCCUAGAACUUUUUCAAAGAAGAAUGGAAGAAUCUAUGAAGCUUGCUAUGGUGGAAGACACCGUGGAGUACCGCCUGUUCCUGAUACCAGAUGAAUCAAGGGACCCAGAAAAACAAAAAGAGGUUCUUCAGAAGUAUAUUGAGAGAAUAAUGACCCAGUUUGCACCUAUGCUGGUCUCCUACAUCUGGCAGAAUCAGCCUUUCAAUCUGAAAUAUAAACCUGGGAAAGGAGGUGUUCCUGCUCAUGUGUUUGGCAUGACAAAGUUUGGGGAUAAUAUUGAGGAUGAAUGGUUUAUUGUUUAUGUCAUAAAGCAGAUUACAAAGGAAUUUCCAGAGUUAGUAGCAAGGAUUGAAGACAAUGAUGGCGAAUUCUUGUUAAUAGAAGCUGCUGACUUUCUCCCUAAAUGGUUGGAUCCUGAUAAUAGCACCAAUAGGGUAUUUUUCCACCAUGGGGAAUUGUGUAUUAUUCCUGCACCAAGAAAAGCUGGAGAAGAAUCUUGGUUACCCAACACACCCCCAACAAUUCCACAAGCAUUGCAUAUAAUCUCAGCACAUCCAGAAAAAAUACUUGCUUCAGAAUCUAUACGAGCUGCUGUGAAUAGACGCAUCAGAGGGUACCCAGAAAAAAUUCAGGCCUCCCUUCAUAGAGCACACUGCUUCCUUCCAGCUGGCAUCGUGGCAGUGCUAAAGCAGCGCCCCAGAUUGGUGGCUGCAGCAGUCCAGGCAUUUUACCUGCGAGACCCUAUUGACCUACGAACCUGUCGUGUUUUCAAGACAUUCUUGCCUGAAACUCGAAUAAUGACAUCGGUCACAUUCACUAAAUGUCUGUAUGCACAGUUGGUGCAACAAAGGUUUGUGCCAGACCGGCGGAGUGGAUAUAGGCUGCCUCCUCCAUCUGAUCCCCAGUACCGAGCCCAUGAAUUGGGCAUGAAAUUGGCUCAUGGAUUUGAGAUCUUAUGCUCCAAAUGUAGCCCACAUUUUUCUGACUGCAAGAAAUCCCUUGUAACUACCUCACCACUCUGGGCCAGUUUCCUUGAAAGUCUGAAAAAGAAUGAUUACUUUAAGGGAUUAAUAGAAGGUUCUGCUCAGUACCGGGAAAGACUAGAAAUGGCAGAGAAUUACUUCCAGCUCUCAGUAAACCGGCCAGAAAGUUCUCUUGCUAUGAGCCCAGGUGAAGAAAUCUUAACCUUAUUACAGACAAUGCCAUUUGAUAUAGAAGACCUUAAGAAAGAAUCAGCUAAUCUUCCCCCAGAGGAUGAUGACCAGUGGUUAGAUCUCUCAGCAGAUCAGCUGGAGCAGUUGCUACAGGAAGCUGCUGGCAGAAAAGAAUCAGAGUCUAUUUCCAAGGAGGAGAAGGAGCAGAACUAUAACUUAACUCAAGUCUCAGAGAGCAUGAAAUCUUUCAUAUCCAAAGUCUCAACCCACAAGGGAGCAGAGCUGCCUAGAGAACCUUCUGAGGCUCCAAUCACUUUUGAUGCAGAUUCUUUUCUUAAUUAUUUUGAUAAGAUUUUAGGGCCAAGACCUCAUGAGUCAGAUUCUGACUGUCUGGAUGAGGAAGAUUUUGAAUGUUUAGACAGUGAUGAUGACUUGGACCUCGAAACACAGGAACCUGGUGAAGAGGCUUCUCUGAAAGGAACUCUUGAUAAUCUCAAGUCAUACAUGGCCCAGAUGGACCAGGAACUAGCACACACCUGCAUUGGCAAAAGUUUCACCACUAGGAAGCAAGUGAAACCUGUAUCCCGGACUACUGAUAACAAUUCAGAUGAGGAAGAUUCUGAUACAGGAGAAUCUGUUAUGGCACCAGUGGAUGUAGACCUGAACCUGGUUUCAAAUAUAUUGGAAUCCUAUAGCUCCCAAGCUGGACUAGCAGGACCUGCUUCCAAUCUUUUACACAGCAUGGGAGUGCAGCUGCCUGACAACACUGAUCACAGACCAACAAUACAGACUGGGUUUCACCAUGUUGGCCAGGCUGGUCUCGAACUGCUGAUCUCAGGAGAUCCAUCCACCUCGGCUUCCCAAAGUGCUGGGAUUACAGGUAUGAGCCACCAUGCCUGGCCAUUCUUUUUUUUUUUUUUUUUAAGGAUAAAGGUUAAUGGUAAUCAAAAGUAUAGUCUCAUCUUUGCAAGAAACUAAUGCAAAUUCCCCAGGAAGCUGAAAUAGAUUAUAUAUUCUAUAAAAACCAAAACAUACAAUAGCCAGACUUUGACAGGCAAAGACCAUCUGUCAGGGAUGCUACAGAAGUGCAAGAUGAGAUUAGGUAAGACAACAUCUAGCCAGGUGCAGUGGCUCAUGCCUCUAAUCCCAGCACUUUGGGAGGCUGAGGUGGAAGGAUCACCUGAGGUCAGGAGUUUGAGACCAGCCUGGCCAACAUGGUGAAACCCUGUCUCUACUAAAAAUACAAAAAUUACUCAGGCAUGGUGGUGGGUGCCUGUAAUCCCAGCUACUCAGGAGGCUAAGGCAGGAGAAUGGCUUGAAUCCUGGAGGCGGGUUGCAGUGAGCCAAGGUUGCGCCAUUGCACUCCAGCCUGGGGCAACAAGAGUGAGACCCCAUCAAAAAAAGAAAAAAAAAAGAAAGAAAGAAAGAAAAGAAAUUGUCUCAUGAUUGACAUAUAUGCAAGGGAGAAUGGAGAUUAUUUGCAA